CCCCCCCCCCCGGCUCCUGGGUCACUUUAACCGAGUGGGUUAGCCGAAUUCAUGCGUUCCAAACUUCCAUCCAGUACGUGCUUGCUCCGGAGUUUUAGGGGGAAAAAUGAUCCUUGGAUUCUUUUUUUUUCACUUCUCUGUCAUGGGAUGGAGAUGGGGAGAUGAAUUCGGAAUUGGCAAGGCAAGGAGCGAACAAGCAAACAAAGGAACCAAAGAUGGCACAAAAAUAGCUUGGCGGGGCGGGCAGCGCACUAAUUAAACUAGUCCACUCGCCAGAUUCUCCCUCAUCAUCGGCACCCGAGCUGCGGCACCACCAGCACAGCUAGAGAGAGGGGGGGGCGCGGAGAGGAUAUCAUGGCACAGCAGCAGUAGCAGCAGCAGGGGGAAAAGGCCCAAACACACACACACACAAGAGAGAGAGAGAAGGGUGGGAAAGCUUGGAAGAAGAGAGAUCCACCUCGAAGUAACCCCUCCUCGCUUGCUUGCUUCUGCUGGAGACCUGGAGUGGAGUCGGGUCGUCUACUGGUGGUGCUGCCGCCGCCGCCCCGGCGAGUGAGUCGAGCGAGCUGCAAGAAUUGCUCUGCUCCGGCGCCGAGGUGAGGGGAGCAGGGGAGGAGCCGCGGCCAUGAGGGAGGAGGAGGAGCCCAGCUGGUUCGCGCGCUGCGAGGAGCAGCUGCCGCGGCCGGACGAGCUGAUGCCGCUCUCGCAGACGCUCAUCACGCCCGAUCUCGCCGUCGCCUUCGACAUCCAGGCGCACAGCGGCGGCGGCGGGACGGGGGGUGGCGCGGGGGGAGGCGGGGCCGGCGGCGCGGGCGGCCCGGACAUGAACGGCGGCGGAGGCGGCGCGUCGUCGGCCGCGGGCUCCAGCGGCGGUGGCGGGGGCGGCGCCAGCGACGAGCCGGCCCGGACGCUCAAGCGCCCGCGCCUCGUGUGGACGCCGCAGCUGCACAAGCGCUUCGUCGACGCCGUCGCGCACCUCGGCAUCAAGAACGCCGUGCCCAAGACCAUAAUGCAGCUCAUGAGCGUCGACGGCCUCACGCGCGAGAACGUCGCCUCCCACCUCCAGAAGUACCGCCUCUACCUUAAGCGCAUGCAGGGGCUCGGCGGGGGCGGCGGCGGGGGCGGGGGCGCGGGCGGCAGCCACUCCUCCGGCUCCGGCACCGACGCCGCCACCGAGCACCUCUUCGCCACGGGGCCCGUCCCCUUCCUCCCGCCCGGCCACCGCGCGCCCGCCGCCGCCGCCGACCCGUACCCGCCCUUCGCGCCCAUGGGCGCCGCGCACCACCACCACCACCACCACGCGCCGCAGAUCGGCCACUUCCACCACCCCGCCGCCCGGCCGCUCGGCCACUACGGCCCCACGGGCGCCGGCUUCGACCACGGCUUCCUCAGCCGCGCGGUCGGCGCCGGCGCGCCGCCCGUCGGCCCGCCCGGGAUGCACCACCACCGCAUGAUGGCGCCCGCCUCCUUCGCCGACGACAUGGACCUCGGAUCCCGAGGCGGCCCCGGCACCGGCGGCCGCCGCGAGCUGACGCUGUUCCCGACGUCCGGGGACCACUGAGGCCGCCGGGGUCCGACGGCGACGGGCAUCGGGCAGCGGGCGGCCGCCUCCGCCCUCGGGUACAUAAAAUUCGUUCGCUUUCCUGCUCCCCCUCUGCUGCGCAACCGCCGCUGCUUCCCACAGAUCGGCAUAGAAAUCGAGCAAGGCUCAAACCACAUCUCAUAAUUGAGUCCUAGAAUUCUUGGGAAAUAGCAAUCCAUCCACCCAUCCAUGAUCCAUGUGUUCUUCCUCCCUGUAGCAUCUCCCCCACCCCCACCGCCAUUGUUGCUGUUGAUGUUCGUGUAUUGCUGCUAUUUGCCUAUUUGUCAUGUUCUCCCCCCUUCCAUUGUUCUUGUUGCUGAUGACAUAAAGUUAUCCUUAGAGAUGAUAUUCAGGUACAACAAAAUUGUGUCCGCCUACAAUCUAGAAUUUUUCUUGCCUUCGCCAUCGAAGAACAGCUCAAUCCUCGCGAUUGCGCCGAGGAUCCGGGGUCGAACUGCUCUGUUCUUCAAUUGAUGCAACAACCAUUGCUUCAGAGCAUGAUGCAACCAUUCUGCAUCACUACGAAGAGUUCCAUAUGGAUACAGGCAGGCAGGGUUGAAUAAGCAAUCCCAAGGAGGCACACCCUGAAGAUCAAUAAGCUUGAGGAUUGGAUAGGGGUAUGAUAAAAUUCGAUCUUGUUGUGGGAGUCAAAUCGUCUGCGAGGGCCGCCAAACAGAGAGAUUCAGAGCACAAUAAUCUGCUGCUCUGCCAGUUUUCUUCCUUGCGCCUCCUCUGACGGAGACAAGAGUAUAGUAUGAUAUGUGUAGCAUGGGUUGCGAUAGUGUUGUCACAUUCUCUGCUUUCCGUGUCCCGAGAACAUUGGAGCCGCUCAAAUUGGAGUUUGUUGUUGUUGUUGUAGCAAAUUGUAGCGACCAGUCAGUCAUCUGUAUAUCUGCGCAGCUUAAAGCUAAGAGCUUCUUUGCAGCCCUGAGAAAAAAAAAAGAGAGACCACCUUGAUGAA